GAUUCCCACCCAGCUGUGAGCAUUCGGAAACCUUGAGGCGGCGCGUGCCCUGCCAGCACUGUCAGAAGUUUAUCUCUGAAAGUUUGUCUACAAUGCGGCCUGUAUUAUUCCUGUUUUAUACCGCCGAAACGGUGGUCAACAUGAUGCUGAUGGGCUUUCAUAUACGCGGCUUCAUGUCACAGGAUUUGAGCUUUCUGCCCAUGCUGGAUCAAAUGACGCACUACUUCUACACAGUCACGCUGUAUGUGUACACGGUGCUGACAAUCUUUGCCAGCAUCAAUGUGUGCACUGGCAACAAGGCCAGCAUAAUGGAGGAGAUCCUGCGCACCCUCACCGGCUGCAUUUUGUAUGUGAUCAUCUCUCUGAUGACGCUGAAGGAUGCCGAAAUGGAUUUUCACAUGAUGUACAUUGGCAUGGGAGAUCCCAAGAUGCCGGAGCGGCCUGUGCAUCCAUUCUUUGAGUAUCUGCGCUCGCAGGCGGUGGCCGCGCUGGUCUGCAGCAUCAUCUAUCUGCUGCACUGCCUCAUUGUCGUGGAUGUGCUGCUCUCGAAUGAGGAGUUCUCUGAUGGAGAAUAUGAUUCUGAUUACGACGAAGACGACGACAUGGACUAUAUGCCCGUGCGCUUGUAUGUGUUUGGUGAGGCGCUGCAGGAGCGUCUCGAGCGUUAUCGUUGGUUCCGUGAAUUCUCACACGAUCGCCGCAUGACCAUCUAAUGUCUGAGCUACCAAAAACCCAUUUACAUUCAUUUCUGUGUGUGUUUUCUUUGCUCUAAUUAAAGCUUGACUGCCUCCUUGCCUCCUCUGACGUCAGCGUGGAAGCAACAGUUUUGAGAGCGCGCGAGAGCUGUGCCCCAUUGACGACAAUGUGUCACAGCUAAGCAGCUGUGUGGCCUGGGUGCCCGUGC